UCAAACCUCGACGGAGACAAAACAAAUGCAAAAUAAAACAAAAUUAUGCAGCGGUUCAAACCCUUAUUCCUUUCACCUAAACAUUCCCGGAUCACUACUCUACCCUUACUAUCUCAUCUUAGAAAUUUCUCUUCUUCUUUUCUUACCCAGAACAAUGAUAGCGAAGAUCUCCAAAACCAAGUUCUUGUUGAAGGGAAUCCAACCUCUCGAAUUGCGAUUUUGAACAGACCCUCUGCUCUAAAUGCCCUCAAUACUAACGUGUGUUCUAGAUUACAGAAGCUAUAUGAAUCAUGGGAAGAAGAUCCAAAUAUUGGAUUUGUUGUACUGAAGGGAAGUGGCAGGGCAUUUUGUGCUGGUGGGGAUAUUGUUGCUCUAUAUCGAUUAUUAAAUGAAGGAAAAGUAAAAGAAUGCAAGGAGUUUUUCAGCUCUGCUUAUGGUUUCAUGUACUUUGUUGGCACAUAUUUGAAGCCACAUGUUGCUCUAAUGGAUGGUGUAACCAUGGGAGGCGGAGCUGGAAUUUCGAUUCCUGGAACUUUCCGGGUUGUGACUGAUAAAACUAUUUUUGCCACUCCAGAAACACAAAUUGGAUUCCAUCCUGAUGCUGGGGCGUCCUUUUACCUUUCACGUCUUCCUGGUUUUCUUGGGGAAUAUUUGGCCCUUACAGGAGACAAGCUUAAUGGUGUAGAAAUGAUGGCUUGUGGCCUUGCUACACACUACUCACCCAGCACAAGGCUUACUUGGAUUGAAGAGCGGCUACGUAAAUUGGUAACAGAUGAUCCUUCUACCAUAGAAACUUCUCUAGAGGAAUUUAGCAUUGCUGGCUUGCCAGAAGAGUCAAGUGUCAUGCACAGGAUCGAGACAAUUGACAAAUGUUUCAGACAUGACACGGUAGAGGAAAUUGUGGAUGCUAUGGAAACGGAGGCAACUGGAUCAAAUGAUGAGCUGUUUACUUCAGCUCUCAAGAAACUAAAACAAGCAGCACCAUUGAGUUUAAAAGUCGCCUUGAAAUCUAUACGGGACGGUAGGUACCAAACCUUUGAUCAGUGCAUGGUCCGUGAGUAUAGAAUGUCUCUUCAAGCCAUGUCCAAGCAGAUAUCCAGUGACUUUUCUGAGGGUGUUCGAGCGCGUCUAGUGGAGAAGGACUUUUUGCCCAAGUGGAAUCCCCCAUGUUCGGAACAAGUUUCACAAGAUAUGGUGAACAGCUACUUCACCCGACUUAGUGAUACUGAGGCUGACCUAGAGCUACCCAUAAAAUCAAGAGAAGCUUUUGUCUGAGUGUACAUGCGUCUGAAUAGAUGAUUGAUAUAGCACUAUCACCAAACCUGAUCGGAUGGUUGACAAAUGAUAACCAAGGACUGGUCCUCAGUUGAUAACCGCGAUGCAUUUGGUUGGAACAUGCAGAGUCGCUAGUUCAGUUCUUCUAUUCUUAUAUUAGGGUGCGAGGUAUUAUCUUCUAUACUAUUUUCCUACUGCAUCCUAUUGUUUCUUCCCUAGGAAGCAUUCACCUAUACAAGUCUCAAUAAAAUCUAUAAAGGAAAGUUCAGAAUUGUUCUUUUUCUGCUUGUGAUGCUGUGGAUCUUGUGAUUCAUUUUUAUUUGUUUUAAAUUGAAAUGUUGCAACCAGACCCUAUCCACUUCUAGGUGAAGAAAAACUCA